AUGGCUGAAUUCAAUGAUAACCCUCCGGCUACCGAAUGGAACUUGCAAAACAUGCAUCAUAUCUGGAAAAUCCUAUUCCCGAUCCUACUCGCUCUUGUCAUUGUGGUUACUGUAUUUGGGACGCGGACUAUUUUGGCUACAGUACCCUAUUACACGUUCAAUGAGGCGCUGGACAUGUAUACGAUCAAGUCAGAUUCGAACAUUCUUCCCGCCUACUACAACGUGAUCUACUUCAUGGCCUUUUCAGUUUCCCUAUCCGUUUUUCUCAAUGUGAUAUCUGUAAUUCGUCUCAAAAUCAUACAACACAAAAUAUCCACUGUUGAACGGAACCUCCUAUUGGUCACCAUUUUUUCAUCGAUUAUUCAGUGUUUUGCCGCAGGGAAUACGUUCGUCCUCCAACUCGACCCAACGCGUACCACUCUGGCUGGACAGGCCGCCCAAGUUAUCCUACCAUUUGCCAGUGACUUUUUGACUAUUUCUCAACCCUAUGUACUCAUUUUUUUGAGCUCAAAGGUUCGCUCUGGUUUUAUCCGAAUGUACCUCAAAAGAUAUGCUAAGCAAUUCAACGGAAUGGCUUUCACCAAGACUAAUGAAUUCGGAAAAAAAGUUUUUAGGCACGUUGCCGAAGUUGAGCACGAUGUUGGCUUCUCUUCUGAAGCCAAUCGUCAGAUGUCGAUGUUGAGGUGCUCUCUUGGUUUCACGCUGGAGGAUGUUCUCGAGAAGGCGGAGACUGUUGCGGUCGGACUGGAAAAUUGGAAAUGUGCAAAACAGAUUGAAAAACCGGAUUCAGCUCGUCGAGAGCUUUCAGAAAAGUACCCACAAGCCUGGGUUCCGUGCAGUGAUCCAUUCAUUCAUCGAUGGAUAGCUCUGCAGGCUAUCAAUCAUAUGAAGAUCAGAUUGGACACCAUGACUGAGACGAUGAUUCUGGUAGGUCAGAAUCCACGAAGUGAAGAUGUCAGCCAAUGGGAAUAUCAUAAAGAACAUGAUGACGGCGAGAAGCAUACGGCAGACACGACGAGACUCGAUGGGGUCUGCUGGAAGAAAAAAUUGGGGUUUUGGGGAUUCAGUGAAGCCUACUAUUCUUCCUCCUCAGAUUCUGAAUCCACGGAGACGUCAGAGUCUUCAGAAUCCUCGGAAUCUGAAUCCAACGACUUCUCUGAUGCGGUGUCCUCAUCCUCAUCAGAAGUGAUGGGCUCUUCGACAAUCGGCUCAGCGGUCUCAAGCUCCGCCCCCUCGUUGUCAGUGGAGUUCAAAGAGAAGUCAUCGUCAAGGCGGUCUUCUGGAAAUUUUACGCUGGAACUCCGCAAAGUGAUGCUCCGUCGAGCCCAGAUCAACGGAAUGAAUGAUUCGACGGGAAUUUAA